AUGGAAGUUCCAGAUGAAUACUGGGUGGAGUUUACGGUGUACAAGAUAGAGGGCUUAGCGAAUACUUGGUGGAAACAGGUCAAGAUAAGUAUGGAUGUUACAGGAUUGACCUGGGAGCAAUUUGAGACACUGUUCAAUGAGCAGUACUUCCCUCAGAGUUAUAGGGAGGAAAAAACGCUUGAAUUUAUGUCUCUACUGCAAGGUGACAUGUCUGUAAGGGAAUAUGAGGCCAAGUUUAAUGACCUAUCCCGGUUUGCGCCAUCACUAGUGGAUUCUGAACCCAUGAGGACUAGGGUGGAGCAGGAUAACAUAGCUUAUCACCAGAGUAAAGAACAAGCGGGAAGAGUUUCAAUUUCUGGGGGACCAUCUAUUUCCGGCGGGCCACAGCGGAGUGGUAGAAGGAACCGCAACCAGGGACAGCCUGGUGGGGGAGUGGUUAGUGGUGGCAGUAGUUCGUCAGGAAGUGACAGAAGUGCUCCAUACGGGCCCAGGUGUCACCAUUGUGGGCAGGCAGAUCUGAAUCCAGUCCUAGGAGAACGACUGUUGAAGUACAGUGUUGGGGGACGGAAGAAUCUAUCAUGUUUCUCUUCCCUCCUUGCUUUGGAAGGUGAACUUGAAGUAACUGGAGAUAGUGCGGGAAUCCCUGUAAUGGAUGAGUUUACAGAUGUAUUUCCUGAUGAGCUACCUGGUUUACCGCCAAAUCAGGAAAUUAAAUUCUGUAUUGAUUUAGUUCCGGGAACGGCACCUAUUUUCAUCCCUCAAUACCGGAUGGCCCCGACGGAGAUGAAAGAAUUAAGAACGCAGCUUGAGGAGCUGGCAGAAAAGGGGUAUAUCCGGAAUAGUACUUCCCUUUGGGGUGCACCGGUGCUAUUUGUGAAGAAGCACGACGGAUCUUUUCGGUUGUGUAUUGACUACCGUCAAUUGAAUAGGCUGUAUGCGAAGAAAGAAAAGUGUGACUUCUGGUUGACAGAAGUGAAAUUCCUUGGGCAUGUGAUUUCUAGACAGGGGAUUUCUAUAGAUUCUUCCAAGAUAAAGGCGGUACUACAGUGGGAAAGGCUGAAGAAUGUAGUGGAGAUUCGCAGUUUCCUCAGACUUGCAGGGUACUAUCGGCGUUUCGUGAAAGACUUCUCGAGUAUUGCUGCACCGCUGACUCGGUUGACUAAGAAAGAGGUCAGAUUCCAGUGGGACGCUGAGUGUGAAAAUACUUUUUAG